AUCUACUGGAGAAGCUGGCAGAAGACAUGAACUUCAAGUUUGACCUGUACAUAGUUGGGGACGGAAAUAUGGGGCACUCAAGGGUGGGCAGUGGACGGGGUUGGUGGGCGACCUGCUGAGCGGGAUGGCCGAUAUGGCUGUUACCAGCUUCAGCAUCAACUCGGCUCGCAGUAAAGUGAUUGACUUCACCAGUCCAUUUUUUUCCACAAGUUUGGGAAUACUAGUGCGCAGUAAAGACACGGCUGCACCUAUUGGAGCAUUCAUGUGGCCAUUGCACUGGUCCAUGUGGAUGGGCAUCUUUGUGGCACUGCAUAUUACAGCACUCUUCCUCACCCUCUACGAAUGGAAGAGUCCCUUUGGCAUGACGCCUCAUGGACGUAACCGUGUGAAGGUCUUCUCCUAUUCCUCAGCCCUCAACCUCUGCUACGCCAUCCUCUUUGGCCGAACAGUCUCUAGUAAGACGCCCAAGUGUUGGACUGGACGUUUCCUGAUGAACCUGUGGGCCAUAUUUUGCUUGCUGGUUUUGUCCAGUUACACAGCAAACCUGGCUGCAGUUAUGGUUGGGGAAAAGACCUUUGAAGAGGUCUCUGGAAUACAUGAUGCCAAGCUUCAUCACCCAUCUCAGGGAUUCCGAUUUGGCACUGUUCGGGAAAGCAGUGCAGAGGAUUACAUGAAAAAGAGUUUUCCUGAGAUGCACGAGUAUAUGCGGAAUUUCAACGAGCCCACCACACCUGAUGGUGUCGCCACACUCAAGACAGAUCCGCCUCAACUUGAUGCUUUUAUCAUGGACAAAGCCCUGCUGGACUACGAGGUGUCCAUUGAUGCCGACUGCAAGCUGCUGACGGUUGGUAAACCCUUUGCUAUUGAAGGUUAUGGUAUCGGAUUGCCCCAGAACUCGCCACUCACCUCCAACAUAUCUGAAUUCAUCAGCCGUUACAAGUCCGAUGGCUACAUGGACAUGCUGCAUGACAAGUGGUACAAGGUUGUGCCGUGCGGAAAGAGAGUCUUUGCUGUUACGGAGACGCUGCAGAUGGGCAUUCGUCACUUCUCAGGGUUGUUUGUGUUGCUUUGUGUGGGUGUGACCGGGGCCUUACUCACUCUGGCAGGAGAACACGCCUUCUAUCGCCUGGUUCUGCCACAUAUCCGCCGCAGACAAAAGUUCAAAUACUGGCUUCACACCAGUCAGAAAAUCCACAGAGCACUGAACAUGACUUAUGAGGAUGUGAAACGGCAGCGGGCAAACGCAGAGAAAAGUUGUAACAUCCAGAAAGCCCAACCACAUCCGCCACCUCCAGCUGCUCCGCUCGGAUCCUUUGCCAGAUGGAACAACGAAAGCACCAAGGUGGCACAGGAGCCCAAAGACAACAAGAGGGUCCAUUUUAACCUGGAAACUCUCAACACGCGCCGGCUUCUCACCCGUGUCGUGUCGGAGGGGGGUCAGGCUAGCUCCGCCUCUGCGUUGAGCUCUGGGGCUGGGAGUUUAUUGGCGAGGGUGUGUGAAAACGGAGGGCCCAUUCAGCAGCCCACCUCCUCAGUGAGAUCCUCGAGCCCUUCCAGAGAUGGCGAGCUGGAAGAACUCCAGGCAAAGAUCGAGGAAAUUCGCGGGCAUUUGAAAGCUGCUCUGGCUCGUAGGGCGGAGCUUCAGACUACACUGGCUAAAGAACGAGCGGCUGCCGCCCCGCUGACCACAGCAGCUCCGCCCACAGUCACAGCCACCAUUUGCCCCGCCCUCACCAAAGAGCCAGCAGAUUUGAAAAGGUGAUGCUCACAAUGUCUGAAAUGAACAAGGUGACAGUGGACGUUUUUCUAUCUUUCUCCUCCAAAAAAACCUUUCAUAUACACCAGAACUCUUUUAAAAUCAUCAUGCUAAGGGAACAUUAAUCCUUGGUACCGUUUUGCUAAUGAUAACGCUAACAGGGCCUCAUGUGGCUUAUUUUCUAAAGCGUCACUCUCCAACUGCAGUUAAAGCGGGUGAAUGACUCUUUUUCGAAUCAUUCAUAUGUUUGCAGGUAAAACCUGAAGAACAAACGUUAUAAAGUUGAAAGCACCAAGCAAGACCAUGCUUUUCUCUCAGAGCUUUAUUUAUUCACAUCCCUUUCCCUCUGCCCAGCUGUGAAUAAGGAUCAGAACAAACCUGUUUGCACCCAAGUCCUCAUCAUGGAGUCAAAGGUAGUACAGAACAUUGACUUUGCUGUUUUUUCAAUUAUUUUAUAGCUUGGUUGUGUCUCAAAUCUCAAAACUGCUAUUGACCCUUUUUUCCUCCAUAAAGUCAUAUGGACAUAUGAAUGGCCAGGUUGCCUGUUUGAAUUAAGUUUGAUGUUAAAGAAAUAAAUGUGAUCUUGUCAUAAA